AUGACUCGAAAAAGAAGAAUUAGGGAGAUUUCCUCGCUCACCCCUCUCUUGAGUAGUGCGGGUGACAAAGAAGGUGUUUCAAUUGCAGGCCCCAGUAUGCAAGGAGGAGAGCCUGCAUGUGGAAGGGUUCGUAGUGCCAAACAUGGUAGGAGGGAGGUCUUGGCCAGUGCAUGUGUUGAACCAGUGCUUGAUAGUGGGGUAGAUGCUCUUAGGUGCCAUCAGAAUAAUGUUGGACAAGCGGCAUAUCAAAGGGGAAGGCGAAUAAGAGGUUCAGCCAGCAUGUAUCAAGAUAUGGGAGAUAUGACCAAUAUAUGUAUUGAUUGUGAUGCAAUGUAUUGGUCAAACGAAUCUAAACAAGUUCCAAAAAAUAGUGCUCUGGUCUAUACUGAAUGUUGUAAAGAAGGUCGUGUUAGACUACCGUCUGCACGCCCUACUCCAGCAUUUUUAGAAGAGCUACUUGAUCCCAGAAAUGGUGGACAGAGUUCAGGCUUUAGGGAAAAUAUUCGGGCCUACAACACAAUGUUUGCAUUUACAUCUAUUGGAGCUAAUGUUGAUCCUUCUGUCACUGAUGGAUUAGGACCUUCUGUGUAUAAAAUUUGUGGACAAGUAUAUCAUUUGAUGGGCUCGCUUAUUCCUCCUGAGGGUGAAAGUCCUAAGUUUGCGCAAUUGUAUAUUUAUGACACUCAAAAUGAGGUUGAAAAUCGACAACGAGUUGUUCAAGGUUUAAAUGAGUUUAUUGUGCAAGGUUUGAUCACAAUGUUCAAUGAGACAAAUGAGUUGGUUAGGUUUUAUCGGACAAUUAGGGACAAAUAUGAUGACAGAUCUCUACGUUCAUUGAGUUUGACUAUACUUGAUAAUGAAAGAGCCAAGGAAAGACAAUAUCAAGCACCUGCAAGUUCUGAAGUCGCUGGUUUGAUAGUUGGGGACGUUGGAAUGUUUGAUUCUGAAAGAGACGUUGUGGUCGAGAACAAUAACAAUAAGCUACAAAGAGUGUCAAAAAUACAUGUCAAAUAUAUGUCAUUUCAGUAUCCUGUCUUAUUUCCAUAUGGCGAAGAUGGCUUUAUUAAUGGGCUGAAAUUGCUACCACCGAAGGGCAAUAGGAGGCGAAACCGUGAAAAAAUGUCUAUGCGCGCAUUUGUGUCAUAUUAUAUUCACGAGCGAGAACACGAAUCAAGCACCUUGCUAAAAGGUGGCAGAUUAUUUCAACAAUAUUUGGUUGACGCUUAUGCAACUGUUGAGGAGACCAGAUUGUUUUUCCUUCGAAAAAAUAAUGACCAAUAUAGAUGUGAAACAUUAGAAGGCAUAUAUGAUACUUAUUCAAAUGGUCACAAUGAUGGACGAAAUGUUGGCAAAAGAGUUAUUUUACCAAGUUCACACACCGGUAGUCCACGUUAUAUGGCCAAGCAUUAUCAAGAUGCUAUGUCUAUUUGUCGACAAUAUGGGCAUCCCGAUUUAUUCAUUACUUUUACCUGCAAUCCCAAGUGGCCUGAGAUUAUUAGAGCAUUGGAACAUAAACAUAGUAAUAAGCCUGAAGACCGCCCAGAUAUUGUAUCAAGGGUCUUUAAAAUGAAGCAUGAUGAUCUCAUAGAGUACGUUAAAUCUGGUAAACCGUUUGGGAAGGUCAUAGCAGAACUGCCUGAUAGAAACAUUGAUCCGCUUCUGUAUGAAAUUGUUGGUCAAUCUAUGAUACAUGGUCCAUGUGGUGAAUUGAACUUCAGAUCACCAUGUAUGAAAAAUAAUAAAUGCACAAAAUCUUUCCCACGAGAGUAUGUUGAAAGUACAUCUUUUGAACCAAAUAAGUUUCCAGUGUAUAGACGACGUGAUGAUGAUACAAAGUUUUUCAUAAAGAAUAACGUUAAAGUUGAUAAUGGUUUUGUCGUGCCAUACAAUCGAGAGCUUUUGUUAAGAUAUAAUGCUCAUAUAAAUGUUGAGUACUGCUCCCAAUCUAUGUUGAUAAAAUAUUUAUUCAAGUACAUUAACAAAGGGCCAGAUCGAGCAAGAGUUGGAAUUAAAGCUGAUUCAAAUGACGAAAUUGCAAAUUACCUUAAUUGUAGGUAUAUAUCACCAUGUGAAGCAACUUGGAGACUAUUUGAAUACCCAAUUCACUCUCGACAUCCUGCUGUUGAACUAUUGCAUGUGCAUUUACCUGGACAGCAAAGUAUCGUUUUCAAUGAAUCUCAGCCACUUAGCUCAGUUGUUUCAAGACAAGGGGAGGAAGAUACUAUGCUUACAGCUUGGUUCAAAGCAAAUGCGAAUAAAGAAACAAAGGAUAAGGCAAAAGGAUUGACAUAUGCAGAAUUUCCAUCCCAAUUUGUGUGGGACAAUCAUAAUAAGACUUGGAACCCACGUCAAAGGGGAUAUGUGUUAGGUCGGGUGGCUAACGUCCCUCCAACAUCUGGUGAAUUGUAUUAUCUAAGAUUGUUGCUGAAUACAUGUAAAGGAUGUAAAAGUUUUGCAGAUAUAAGAAAAAUACGUGGCGUUGUUCAACCUUCAUUCCAAGACGCAUGUCGAACACUCGGUCUAUUAGGUGAUGAUAAAGAAUGGUCUGAAGCUCUUACAAAUGCCAUCCCAACAGCAACAUCACCUCAGUUGCGCCAUUUAUUUGUGACAUUACUCUUAUACUGCAACGUAUCAGUUCCUCGACGACUUCUGGACACCUAUUGGCGUAAUAUGUGUGAUGACAUCUUAUAUAACCUCCGGUCUCAAUUUGGAAUGGCAGAUUUUACAAUACCUGAUUCGGAUUUACUCAACUCAUUGUUAUUUGAAUUGGAACAACUUUUGAGCAAUGCUUCGACUUCUUUGGAAAAAUAUAAAUUGCCUAUGCCAAACGAACAAAUGAUAUCGGAGCUCAAUAAUAGACAACUAAGAGAGGAGCUGGACUACGAUCGUGUUGCUUUAGAAAAAGAGCAUUCGAUUUUGGUGUCUCAAUUAAAUGUUGAUCAAAAGGUCAUAUACGACAAUGUUGUUCAUACUGUUCAAAAUAAAAGCAUCGGUUGCUUCUUUGUAUAUGGUCAUGGAGGAACAGGCAAGACUUUUUUAUGGCAUACAAUUAUCAACAGACUUCGAUCUGAAGGAAAAAUUGUAUUAGCAGUAGCAUCAUCUGGAAUUGCUUCUUUAUUAUCACCAAAUGGAAGAACUGCUCAUUCAAGGUUUAAAAUACCCCUUGAUAUAAAAGAUCGCUCAAGUUGUUCAAUUACCAAAGGAACACAUCUUGCCAAAUUAAUUGAAAAAACAGAUUUGAUAAUAUGGGAUGAGGCUCCAAUGGCUAACAAGUACUGUUUCGAAUCUUUGGACUACUCGCUUCGAGAUAUAUUAUCAGAGUCUUCAACAAUCCGAUCCACUUUACCAUUUGGUGGCAUGCCUAUUGUACUCGGUGGUGAUUUUAGACAAAUAUUGCCAGUAGUGCGUGGAAAAACAAAAGCUCAUGUGAUAGAUGCAUCAUUAAAUAAUUCAUACUUGUGGCCUAUGUUCAAAGUGUUUUGUUUAACUGAAAACAUGAGACUGUCUAAACCAAAUAUGAGCAUUGAUGAAAAAGAACGGAUAGCCAAGUUUGCGAAAUGGCUUUUGGAAGUUGGUGAUGGAAAAGUGUGUGACAUCAAAGAUCCAGAUGAUAGCGACGCUUAUUGGAUUGAAAUCCCUAAUGACAUGCUCAUUGCUACUGAUCUUGAUCCGAUAAGCUCUAUAUUCCAUGCUACUUACCCAGAUUUUGACAGAAAGUACAAUAACUUCGACUACAUCAGAGAGCGCACAAUAAUCACCCCUAAAAAUGUUACUGUUAGCGACAUCAAUGAUUAUGCAGUAAGUUUGUUGCCUGUCAAGAAGAGUCAAGAAUACUCAGAUGAUGCUAUUCUAAAUAGUGGUAUUUGCAAUAUCAGGCCAUCAUUGAAACAGAAGAGUACAUGGCAAAGAUUUAGCAAACUAUUCUAUGCUCCAGAGAUCAUGACAGUUGCGGCCAGCACUUCUGAAACCCCUAUGGUGCAAAUGAGCCUAAAGUUGACAGAGGAGAGGGAAGCAAAGGCGAUGCGAAAUGCAAGCAAGAUUUCCAGCAUCAUACAAAUACAACUCGUCAUUCGCAGUGGUGUACAGACCCAAGUUGGGUUUCGUAACGCAGUUCUCAUACGCAUCAGAAUCAGUCGCCACAACCACAUUGUGGAAGAUUGA